AUCGAAGAAACUGCGGGUACAACAAUCACGGCGAUAUUAUAUAGUCGCGACUUGCAAACGAACGUGGAGUGAGUUGACAUUUACAUAUCCGACGAACGAUAACAGCACAUUAAUUCCGUGUGUAUAUUCGUUAAGGAUCGAACGAGCGUGUCAGAAUGAAGAACGGAAAUUUAAUUGUAGCAGAGGCCCUGAAGGAGCAGGGCUUGACUUAUGUUUUCGGCAUUAUGGGACACCCUGUGAUUGAUUUGGCUUUAACUAUGCAAUCCAUCGGUAUGCAGUAUGUAGGUUUUAGAAAUGAGCAGGCUGCUUGCUAUGCCGCGCAAGCUUACGGAUAUUUAAUGAGAAAACCUGCGGUGGUAUUAUGUGUCUCUGGUCCAGGGUUGUUGCAUGUUAUUGGUGGUAUGGCAAAUGCGCAAGUAAAUUGUUGGCCUGUGCUCGUACUAGGAGGAUCUUGUCCGGAAGAUCACGAGGGUAUUGGCGGGUUUCAGGAAUGGCCACAGGUCGAGGCAAGUAGAUCAUACUGUAAAUACGCGGCAAGGCCACCAUCAGUUGCGCUUAUUCCGUUGCAUGUUGAAAAGGCUGUACGACUCGCCACUUAUGGUAGACCAGGUGCUGCUUAUCUCGAUUUACCCGCUACAUUAUUGACCCAAAAUGUGGACGAAAGUAAGAUUGCUAAGGUUUUAUGCUGCCCAUCGCCAUCGCUAUUGUAUCCUGAUGCAAAAUUAAUCGAGCGGGCAGCAAAUUUAUUGAUAAAAGCGAAAAAACCUUUGGUGAUAGUCGGCAAGGGAGCCGCUUACGGUCGAGCUGAAGAUCCGGUGAGAGAGCUUAUCUAUUCGACAGAUUUACCCUUUUUACCAACCCCGAUGGGAAAGGGCGUUGUACCGGAUGAAGAUGAACGUUGCGUCUCCAGCGCGCGAACGUAUGCCUUGCUACAUUCCGAUGUCAUUUUGUUGCUAGGUGCGCGAUUAAAUUGGAUGUUGCAUUUUGGACGGCCACCUAGAUUUCAAAAUAAUGUCAAAGUCAUACAGAUCGAUUUGUGUGCUGAAGAAUUGCACAAUUCCGUAGUAUCUGCCGUCGCUAUUCAAUCAGACAUUGCACCUGCAACAGAAUAUCUGUCAAAUACAUUGAGAAGUCGAAAAUGGCGUAUUGAGCAAAAUCAUCCGUGGUGGAAGGAGCUCAUAUCGAAAGCCAAACAGAAUAAGCAAUCAGUUCACCGGAUGUCGAUGGACACUAGUGUGCCCCUGAAUUAUUACACCGUAUUUAAGCAUAUUCAAGAUGUUAUACCAAAAGAUUGCAUUAUUUGUUCCGAGGGAGCUAAUACAAUGGACAUCGGACGAACCAUUCUCUUGAACAAUUUGCCUCGCCAUAGACUAGACGCCGGUACGUUUGGCACUAUGGGUGUAGGGCUUGGAUUUGCAAUCGCAGCUGCUCUUUAUUGCAAAGAUAAUGCGCCGAAAAAAAGAGUAAUUUGUGUUGAAGGAGACAGCGCCUUCGGAUUCUCCGGCAUGGAGAUCGAAACCAUGUUUCGUUAUAAACUACCGGUGAUUAUUAUAAUCGUGAAUAAUAAUGGCAUAUACAGCGGUUUUGAUAACGAAACUUUCAAACAAAUACAAGCGUCCGGAGAUCCUACGCAAGUGACACCUCCGUAUUCAUUAACAUCUGAAACUCAUUAUGAGAAAUUAAUGGAAAUGUUUGGCAAGAAAGGACAUUUUUGCACUACUGUGGAGGACAUUCAGCAGGCAUUGAAAUUAUCUCUCAAGGUGAUGGACAGUCCCAGUUUAAUAAACAUCAUGAUUAACCCGCAAGCAGAUCGAAAGAAGCAACAAUUCAACUGGCUAACAGAAUCAAAAUUAUAGAUGUGCCACAAUCAAAACGUUUUAUGAAAAUAUUUAUGAUUUUCUCCAAUAUUUCUUUUCUCAGAAAAUCAUUUUUUACAGAUCCUUAAUUAACUC